AUGAGCCCACAUAUAACAAAGUGCGAACUAUCAAAUGAUUCUGUUAAGAAUUUAAUUGAUUGCACUAAAUUGAUUAUGUCCGAUGGCAAGGGUAUACUUGCUGCUGACGAAUCCACUGGUACAAUUAAGAAGAGGUUUGACAUGAUAAAUUUGGAAAAUACAGAGGAAAAUCGCGUUAAGUAUAGAAAUUUACUUUUUACAACACCUUUAUAUAAUCAAUACAUUUCCGGUGCAAUACUGUUUGAAGAGACUCUCUUCCAGAAUGAUCCCAAUGGAAAACCAUUUGUCGAAAUACUCAAAGAGAACAAAAUUAUAAUUGGCAUCAAAGUGGAUACCGGAUUGGAGUUAAUUCCUAAUACCGAUGAAUACUUUACCAAAGGGUUGGACACCUUGUCUACUCGCUGCAAAAAGUACUAUGAAGCUGGAGCUAGAUUUGCCAAAUGGAGAUCAGUAAUCUCGAUAGAUCUCAAAACGUCCAAACCUUCAAUGCUAUCAAUAAAUACUGUUUGUGAUGGUUUAGCUAAAUAUGCAAGUGUUUGCCAAGCAAAUGGCCUCGUUCCCAUUGUAGAACCGGAAAUUCUCGCAGACGGCGAUCACUCAAUUGAAACAUGUGCUAUUGUUACAGAGAAAGUCCUAUCAGUGCUAUUUAAGUCCCUUUAUGACCAUGGAGUGGUAUUGGAAGGGACAAUACUCAAAAUCAAUAUGGUUACUCCUGGGUUUGAUUCUAAAAAUAAAAGCUCAUCUCAGGAAAUAGCCUACUUUACCACUAAGGCAUUGUUACGUACGGUACCGCCUGCUCUAGGUGGUAUUGUAUUCCUUUCUGGAGGCCAAUCAGAAGCAGAUGCUACGGUGAAUUUGAAUUCGAUAAACAGAUUAGGAUCGUUCCCAUGGAAGUUAUCUUUCUCCUACGGCAGGGCAUUACAAGCAUCAUGUAUUAAGACUUGGGCCGGCAAGACUGAUAAUGUGUCUAAGGCUCAACAAGUAUUUUUACAAAGAGCCAAGGAAAAUAGCAUGGCGUGCCUAGGCGAAUUUAAUGAUUCUGAAGUUGAAGAUGCAUCAAAAGACACAUUAUUUGAGAAAAGAUACGUCUACUAA